AUGGGGCUCGCUGGUCGCAAGGUCAAACGACGCAUUGGAAAUGAUCCUCGCAAUUUAUCUUGGGCCGACGAUGCGGCGCGAUUUGGCCAGAACUAUCUUUCAAAAUUUGGCUGGGAUGCCUCUCAGGGUCUUGGCGUCUCCGGCGAGGGUCGCACAUCGCACAUCAAGGUGCACCAGAAACUAGACAUGUACGGUAUCGGCGCGGCGCAUCAGAAGGACCCAAAUGGCAUUGCCUGGAAACAGAACAAAGACUUUGAGAGUCUGCUCAGGCGGCUGAAUGGAGGGGAAGGGGAUACCGAGACUGUCGGGACAAAGUUGAGCGGGUUCAGCAAGGCAAAGGAGUUGAGCGGGGACAACGAAGGAGAAGAGGCGGAUGGACAGGCUGCAGGGGAGAAGAGGAAGGCGGAUGAGGUUGAAGAUGCCAACGACGAUGACGAGCAGGAUAAGAAGAGGAGGAAAAAAGAGAAGAAGGAGAAGAAGGAGAAGAGCAAAAAAUCGAAACGCAGCGGGGAUGUGGAAGGUGAGGCGUCCCCAAGCAGGCUCGAAGAGGACGUCGAGGCGUCGCCGGCCCCAGAGACCACGACCACCUCGCGCUCAUCGUCUGUCCCGAUUAUUCGAGGGCAUCGCGCUCGCUUCAUCCGGGCGAAACGUAUGGCACUGGCUGACUCCGCGGCUGUCUCAGAAAUCUUAGGCAUCUCCCGCAAUGCUACUCCUACCAUCACGACCUCUACCACCCCUGAGCCCUCCGCUGAACCCGAAGCCGCACCGCUCGAGCAGCUCACCACCUCGUCAAAAAGCGUCAUGGAUUACUUCAAAGAGAAGCUGCUCGCGAAGUCCAACUCGAAAGCGUCGUCAUCCUCCAACACACCUAUUGCAAAAAUACCUCCGGAUGCCGGGGAACGCGAUCCGCGAGGUGGCUUAGGAUCCUCGAAUCUGCGGCACUGUUGGACGACUGCUGAGACGCAAGAUGAAGAACAUCCUUUACGCGGAGGGCUCGGUGCUUCUCGUCCUCCUGCAUUCGUUUCCUCUUUUACCGCUGCUGCGAGAGAUGAGGAGGACGACCGGCCGCGCGGGGGCUUAGGCAGCUCCCGCUCCAUUGUGUUUGACAGUUCAAUCACGGCUGCUACCGUAGUUCCAGAACCUGGCCCGUCAGAGUCGACAGAACCCGCAAAGGUCGGGGAACAGGUUGAGGACGACAGGAAACGACGGAAACGCGAGAAGAAGGAACGGAAGGAACGAGAGAGGAAAGCGAAGGAGGUUAUAAACGACGACCAGCCUCCACGUGAAGAGGAUCAGGCUGCGGUGGCCGGGCGAUCUGCCUCGCCAGAACCGUCUGACAAGAGUGAGAAGAAGAGCAAGAAAAAGAAGUCGCAAAAAGAGAUUGCCUCGGAGGAGCCCUCAGGGGAGGAUCCUCCGAUAACACCGGUUGGAACAAAAGAGGAGAAACGGCAGAGGAAGAAGGCAAGGAAGGCUCGGCAGGAGGUCUAA